AUGGCAGAUCUCAUUCUAUCUCCAGUCAUACAGGUAGUCUAUGACAGAUUAGCUUCUCCUCUCCUACAAAAGCUUGGUAAUAUGUGGAACCUCACUGAUAACCUUGAAAAGUUACAGCGCACCAUAGUCUAUGUUCAAUCGGUUCUUGAAGAUGCAGAACAGCAUCAACUGAUCCAUAGAGAUGUGAGAACUUGGUUGGCAGAGCUCAAACGAGUUGUUUAUGAUGCUGAAGACAUACUUGAUGAGAUCACCAUCACUUAUAGAAACAUUGGAAUGCCAGCACUUGGUCAGAAACUUGACCGUUUGCGGAUAAAGUAUGCAGAUAAGAUAAGAGAUAUGCUGGAUAAGUUAGAAACCACCAUGGAUGAGGGGUCUAAAUUUAAUUUAAGGGAGCCCAGCGUGUUUCAUGUUAGAAGGGAAACUAGCUCUUUUGUUAUUGAAUCAGAAGUUUAUGGGAGAGAGGAAGACAAAGCAAACAUAGUGAAGCUGCUGUUAUCUGGUGAAGCUACUAAAGGAGGAGAGGCUUUAUGUAUACCAAUUGUCGGCUUCGGAGGACUAGGAAAGACUACCGUUGCUCAACUAGUAUUUAAUGAUCAGAGGGUCCAGCAGCAUUUUGAUGUCAAAACAUGGGUUUUCGUUCAUGAUCACUAUGGUGCUAAAGACAUAAUGAUGGCAAUCUUUCGGUCUGUUAACAAGAAUAAUAAAUGUCAGUGGUUGAGCAUGGAGGAACUGCAUUCAGAGGUUCGGAACUUAUUAGACAAGAAAAGAUACUUGAUUGUGUUAGAUGAUGUUUGGAUAGAAGAUCAAGACGAGUGGGAAAGACUGAGACCACUCUUUCAAGGCGGUGUUAAUGGAUCCAAAAUUAUAAUCACAACCCGCAGUAGGAAAGUUGCCCUCAUGAUGAACUCCCCAACUUCUCCAUAUUAUAUGGAGGUUUUGUCUGAGGAUGCUUGCUGGUCUGUGUUUAAGCAGCGUGCAUUUCAACCAGGAGAAGAAGAAAAGUACCCAGAUCUCUUGCCUAUUGGACACCAAAUCGUCAAAAAAUGUGGAGUAGCAUUAGCGGCAAAAACAUUGGGAAGUCUCAUGCGCCUCAAAAGAGAUCAAAUGGAGUGGUUGAGUGUGCAAAACAGUGAACUUUGGAAAUUGGGUGAAUGUGAGAAUGGAAUUCUACCAGCCCUGAGGUUGAGUUACUUCCAUUUACCACCUCACCUCAAGCGUUGCUUUGCAUUCUGCUCAAUCAUUCCUAGAAGGUUCCAAAUACACAAAGAGAAACUAAUCCACCAAUGGAUGGCAGCAGGCUUAAUUAAAUCCAGCAUAGAAGGGGAACCACCGGAGGAAACAGGCAAUGAUAACUUCAUCCAUCUUCUGUGGAUGUCUUUCUUCCAAGAGGUGAGGGAUUGUCAUAAUGGCAUGGUUAUUGGAUACAAGAUGCAUGAUGUCAUUUAUGAUCUUGUGCAAUCCAUUGCUGGAACAGAGUUUAUGAUUUUAGACUAUGAUUCUCCCCCAACUGGAAGGAGUAUUGAACGAGUUCGACACUCAUAUGUUGUUUGUGAUUUUAGGUCCUCAGAUAUCCCUAAAGUGUUAUAG